UUUUUUGUGUCAAGUAUAAAUAGGUUCUGUGUUUACAGUUAGCUAGAUAGAGCUCUUUGUUGUCGCCUCAAAAAAUGUUGUCAAAAUGUACGGACUGAGCAACAGCUUAUUUUCCGUCCCUUAAUUCCUUCAGGAAAGUUAUUUCAAACUAUAUCCAAACACCCUUUUUUUUCCAGAAGACACUUUUUUUUUUAAUUUUUUUUUAGCUUUCCCACCCGAAAGCGUCCUUUGGAAGCCUUCCUAAGCUAUCUUGAGGUUCCGAGGUGUCCAUUGAAGGCUGCAGUCAUGGUGUUGAUUCUGGGCAGACGGAUGAACAGGGAGGACACUGGUAUCAGAGACUCACCAGCUGUCAAACGCAAGGUAUUUGAGGUUGACUCUAAGACCAUAGCGAGCCAGGAUGUGUUGGACUUCUGCGCUGGCUCCUCCCACUCAGAUGGCAUCCUGCAGGUGUUCAAUGAGUUCCGCGACUGCCGCUUGUUCACAGACGUGGUGAUCAGCGUUCAGGGUCGCGAGUUCCCUUGCCACCGCGCCGUGCUCUCCGCCUGCUCUUCUUACUUCAGAGCCAUGUUCUGCAAUGAUCACAGAGAGAGCCGCGAAAUGCUGGUGGAAAUCAACGGCAUUCUGUCCGAAGCCAUGGACUCUUUCCUCACCUACGUUUACACCGGCCGCGCAAAGAUCACCACAGAGAACGUCCAGUUCCUCUUUGAGACCUCCAAUCUCUUCCAGAUCGCAACAUUGCGAGAUGCAUGUGCAAAGUUCCUGGAGGACCAGCUGGACCCGUGCAACUGCCUGGGCAUCCAGCGCUUUGCCGACGAUCACGCCCUCAAGCAGCUGGCCAGCCGCUGCCAUAAUUACGCCCUCGCUAACUUCUCCGAGGUGGCUCAGCACGAGGAGUUCCUCGACCUACGCAUGGAGGAGCUGGAAGAGUACAUCAACAGCGACGAGCUAUCCGUCGGUAAGGAGGAAAUGGUGUUUGAGGCGGUGAUGCGAUGGGUGUACAGCGGUGUGGAGCAGAGGAAGCCCAUGCUGAAAGCGUUGCUGCACCACGUCCGCCUUCCGCUUUUGCACCCCAACUACUUCGUCCAGACUGUGGAGGGCGACCAGCUCAUUCAGACCGCUCCAGAGUGCUACCAUCUUCUCCAUGAGGCCAGACGCUAUCAUGUCCUGGGAAAUGAGAUGAUGUCGCCCAGAACUCAACCACGCAGGUCGACUGGCUACUCUGAGGUGAUAGUGGUGGUAGGCGGCUGUGAACGGGUAGGAGGCUUCAAUUUGCCCUACACGGAGUGUUACGAUCCAGUUACAGGUGAAUGGAAGUCACUGGCCAAACUGCCCGAGUUUACCAAGUCAGAGUACGCUGUGUGCGCCCUCCGCAAUGACAUCCUGGUGUCAGGCGGUCGCAUCAACAGCAGGGACGUGUGGAUGUACAACUCCCAACUCAACUUGUGGAUCAGAGUGGCUUCUUUAAACAAAGGACGGUGGAGACACAAGAUGGGCGUCCUGCUGGGCAAGGUCUACGCCGUGGGUGGCUACGAUGGCCAGAGCCGCCUCAGCAGUGUAGAGUGUUACGACUCCUUCUCAAACCGCUGGACAGAGGUGGCACCCUUGAAAGAGGCGGUCAGCUCUCCGGCCGUGGCCAGCUGUGUCGGCAAGCUCUAUGUCAUAGGAGGAGGGCCCGACGACAACACCUGCUCGGACAAGGUCCAAUGCUACGAUCCAGAGUCGGACACUUGGUUGUUACGAGCCAACAUCCCAAUCGCCAGGCGCUGCAUCACCGCCGUUUCUCUCAACAAUCUCAUCUACGUGUGCGGGGGUCUCACCAAGUCCGUAUUCUGCUACGACCCGGCGGAGGAUUACUGGAUGCGUGUGGUGCACACGUUCGCCAAACAGGAGAGCUGCGGCAUGUCAGUUUGUAACGGUAAGAUCUUCAUCCUUGGCGGCCGGGGCGAAAAUGGCGAAGCGACGGACACCAUCAUAUGUUACGACCCGGCAACGGGCAUCAUCACAGGAGUGGCAGCAAUGCCGCGAUGCAUCUCCUACCAUGGCUGUGUAACCAUCCAUCGCUUCAAUGACAAGUACCAUAGGCCAUGACCAUAAAACACACUUACACUUCAUCACAUCACACGCACAUCAUUCACUUAAUUUAUUUCCUCACAGUCUCAUGUAGCAUUGCGCUGCUAUGAACCUUUAGCUAUUAAAGUCGCUCUGUAUGUAAUCAUAUUAGUGGCCAGAAUGGCAUCAUAAUGUUCACAUUAAUAGCCUCAGAAAAGUCCAAAGAAAAGUCAAGUUUAUUGUUUGCACCCUUGUUUUUUCUACAGUUGUCGUCUUUAUGUUGAAGAGUAACGUUUGUUCAUAACCCCACUAAUUGACAUCGCUCUACAGGAACAAUCAACUCCAAUGUUUAAGAAAACCGAUACAUUAACAUCAUUAGAAUAUUGAGCAAAGCUAUUGAAAGUAUGCAACCUUAACAAUAACAAAUACAAUAAAAUACAGUACAGGCCAAAAGUUUGGACACACCUUCUCAUUCAAUGCGUUUUCUUUAUUUUCAUGACUAUUUACAUUGUAGAUUGUCACUGAAGGCAUCAAAACUAUGAAUGAACACGUGGAAUUAUGUACUUAACAAAAAAGGUGAAAUAACUGAAAACAUGUUUUAUAUUCUAUCCAUCCAUCCAUUUUUCUACCGCGUGUCCCUUUCGGGGUCGCGGGGGGUGCUGGAGCUCAUCUCAGCUGCAUUCGGGCGGAAGGCGGGGUACAUCCUGGACAAGUCGCCACCUCUUCACAGGGCCAACACAGAUAGACAGACAACAUUCACACUCACAUUCACACACUAGGGCCAAUUUUAGUGUUGCCAAUCAACCUAUCCCCAGGUGCAUGUUUUAUAUUCUAGUUUCUUCAAAAUAGCCACCCUUUGUUCUGAUUACUGCUUUGCACACUCUUGGCAUUCUCUCGAAGAGCUUCAAGAGGUAUUUUUCCAACAGUCUUGAAGGAGUU